UCUGGCAAUGAAGACGAUGACGACGACUUCGAGGACAACAAAGAAGAAAAGGGCGGACGAUCUCGAAGGCGAGAGCGCGGAGAGAAAGACCGACCCCUUCCGCCUCUUCUGGCCCGCGUUGGCGGCAAUAUUGAGGUUUUGGGAUUCAACGCUCGACAAAGGAAAGCAUUUUUGAAUGCAAUAAUGCGUUACGGAAUGCCUCCUCAGGACGCCUUCAACUCUCAGUGGUUGGUCAGAGACCUGAGGGGCAAAUCAGAGAAGAAUUUCCGCGCAUAUGUCUCACUGUUUAUGAGACAUCUGUGCGAACCCGGAGCCGACAAUUCAGAGACAUUUGCCGACGGAGUGCCGCGAGAGGGUCUCUCCAGACAACACGUGUUGACACGAAUUGGUGUCAUGUCUUUGAUUCGGAAGAAAGUGCAAGAGUUUGAGCACAUAAACGGUACGCUCAGUGUUUUGCUACCCGAUCAGGAACUGCCCCAAAACGGAGUGAACGGCUCGGCGGCCAUCUCUACCGUCUCGUCCGCUUUGACGACACCCACUGACAGCAAAGCGCCGUCGCCUACACCUACGCCUCCCACCGAUAACAAGGAGACCCCCGAAGAACCAAAGAUUACUGAAGAGAAAGACGAAGAAAAAGAAGCCGAAGAGACGCCUAAAGAGGAGAUUAAAACUGAAGAAAGUGAGAAAACAGAGGAGAAAACUGAAGAGAAACCUAAAGAGGAAGAAAACACUUCUAAACCCACGGAAUCGGUUGAAGAGAAUGUCGUAAAAGAAGAGUCAAAAGAAGAAGAAAAUGAGGAGAAGAAGACCGAAACCGAAGAAAAAGUUGACGAGAAUUUAAAUAAAGAAAACAAAACAAUUAAUGGAAAUAAAGAAUCCGAAGAAAUGGAAACGAAUGACGAAAACGUGAAAGAAGUAAAGGAAGUGAAAAAGGUUUUGGCGAAACAGAAGUUUAUGUUCAAUAUAGCGGACGGAGGCUUCACUGAACUGCACACCCUUUGGCAGAACGAAGAGAAGGCCGCGGUUCCCAUCCGACAGCUCGAGAUAUGGCACAGACGUCAUGAUUAUUGGCUACUAUCAGGUAUUGUUAGACACGGAUACGGGCGCUGGCAAGACAUCCAGAACGACGUGGCCUUCUCUAUCAUCAACGAGCCCUUCAAAAUGGAUGUCGGAAAAGGAAACUUCUUGGAGAUUAAGAACAAAUUCCUCGCCCGAAGAUUCAAACUGUUAGAACAGGCGCUCGUGAUUGAGGAACAGCUGCGAAGAGCCGCGUACCUGAACCUGACUCAAGACCCGACACAUCCGGCGAUGGCAUUGAACGCCAGAUUUGCCGAAUUGGAGUGUUUGGCGGAAUCGCAUCAACACUUAAGCAAAGAAUCGUUGGCCGGAAACAAACCGGCGAACGCUGUUCUCCACAAAGUCCUCAACCAAUUGGAGGAACUAUUGAGUGACAUGAAGUCAGACGUGAGUCGACUUCCGGCCACAAUCGCUAGAAUACCUCCCGUCGCCCAAAGACUUCAAAUCUCAGAGAGAGGAAUACUGUCGCGUCUGACCGGUCAGCCGCCGCCACAGCUCAAUAUGAGUGAACUCAUGAGUGGACAGACACUUCCGCCCGCCUUCGCUAAUCAGGCGCCGCCCCAGAAAUGAUGGCAAUCAUUACUAAACAAAUAAUUUUUAAACAAUUCAUUUACUAUAAUACUGUAUAACGACAUACAUUAGAUCCCAAUCCGUGUUCUUAUGUCUUUGUAUUGUCUUUUAUAAACAAUUUUUAAAAUAUCUUAAAUUCCUGAAAAUAUAACAUAAUUAGUUGAGUAAUCAAUUUUUACAGUAUUUCACGACUUACUUGUCUUAUAUAUGAUAUAAAGUUUGGUUUAAAUUUAUUUUUAUGAAUAUUUCACUAAUUAUUUCAUCGCA